UGUUAUCACUCCCUUGCAGGGUUAUUUGCACCUAUGCAUAAAGAUUUGCCUAUACUUUGAGCUCAUUCAUAGCAAUGUUGUGAUAUUCAAGCAUUAACCCACAACAAUGCAAGGCUCUGGGGACCUUGAGGCUCAGCUGGCCUGUAAGGAGAGAGAGUGGAAGGAGCUGCAGGCCCUGCGUAUCCAGCAGCUGGAGACGGCACUGGCUGAGGCCAGGAGUCAGCUUUCCAGCCAGAGGGAACGCUUCCAGCGCUUGCGGGAUGACUUUCAGUAUAACCUACAAGUGCUGGAGGAGAGGGACAGGGAGCUGGAGCGCUAUGAUGCAAUGUCUGUUCGUGUCCAGACUGAAGACAGUGUCCGGCAAAACGAGCUUAGUGAGCUGAAGAUACAGGUAGCAAAACUCCAGGAUGCCCUGGGAAAGGUGAGGAGACAGAAUGAAGAUCUGCUGGCACAGUAUCAGAAGCGAGGAGUGGAGCAUCGUCUUCAGCUGGAAAGAGUACAGACUGUGAAGGAUGAUGAGAUUCAGCGGCUCCGUGAGGAGAAUGAAACACUGACACGGGAUCUUCAACGGCGAAUCCAGGAGUCGGAAGGGGAGCUGGCACUGCAGAAACAGGAGAUGAUGGCAGACUUCGAUAGCGAGAUAAGAAAGCGGGAACAUGAGUUCAACCUGAGACUGGAUGAGAUGCAUAACAUUGUAGUGUCUCACGAGCUUAAGGUGAAGCUCCUGAGCAAAGAACUGGAGGUCCAUGCCCAAGCACACAGCCAGGCUACUGAGGCCCUGCAGGUGUCUGAGCAGCUCUGUCAGCAAGCUCAGAAAGAGAUCAUGCACAGAGACUGGGACCUCAAGAACACAGCUGCGCUCAAAGACUCUAGGAUAAAAGAGCUUGAGGAGAAACUCAAACAAGUGGAAGACAAACAUAAAAAAGAAGAAGAAAUCAACAACAGAAAGCACGCAGAGCUGGAGCGGCGGGCUCGAGAGGGAGAGGAGGCAGCUGUGGGGGCCAUUAGGGAGGCUCAUGCCUGUGACUUGCAGGAGGAAAAGAGAAGGGCCAUAGAGCUCCAAACCCAAUUGGACAGACUGGUCCUGGAGCAGGAGAGGCGAGAGAAGAGCCAUGAAAAUGACCUCCAGUGCAGAGAGCAACAGAUACAGGAGCUCCGAGCACAGCUGGAGAAGAUGCAGGCUAGCUGGGAUGCUUACAUCACGCAGGUCUCCAAAGAGACGGUUGCCAAGGACACAGAGCUGCUGUCAGCAGGGGAAAGAGAGGCCAAAGUGAGAGCAGACCUACAGAAGUGUAAAGAGGAUUUGGAGAGGUAUAAGCAGCAGUUGGCCAGUGGGAUUCAGAGAGAGCAAGCUUUGGAGAAGAAGCGUGUGCAAUUGGAGCUGGAUUGGGAGCAGCGCUGUGAGAAAGUACAGGCUGAACACUACCUUAAGAGUGAGGAGCUUAUCCAGGGUCUGACCCAGGCCAGAGACCAGGUGAGCGCUGAACUGAGGGAGAAGGAGCGAGAGCUACAGGAGACAGUUUCUUUGCUGAGGAGUGUGACUGUAGAGAGAGACCAAGCUCUGCGUGCAGCCAAGCUUGUGACAAACACAGUUUCUCAGGCAGCUGGAGAGGAGAGCAGCAGUUUCCCCUCAGAGGAGAUCAGACGACUGCAGCAGCAGAACAGCAGCCUGAGGGAGGUGGUAGCUGAGAUGAGGAGGCAAAUGGAGACCCUUAGCAGAGAGGUUCCCCCAGCUCAGAACCCAGCCAAGACGCUGCAUAUUGACACAGCACCCAACACUUCAGGGACUGUGGAAUACAACCAAGCCCUGGAGGAAGAAUUACAGAAUCUGAAGGCUAAAUACAGAUGCCUUGAAGACCAAUUAGAAAAGGCCUCUAAGACAACUAAUCCCAUUGCACCUUCUGCACCUGUGCUCCCUGUUUCCCCUGACAACGCCUACCUUCAGAACCACAUCAGAUCACUUAAUGAGACCAUAGGUGGACUGCGUGCUGAAAAGGUAGCCAAUGCCGCCGCUACGAAGAAACAGGAAGUAAGGCUGGCCCACUUGGAGUCUAUGGUGGCUCAGCUUAUGCAGCAGUGUCACUCUAGGCAGAUGGAAAAUGAGGGGCUACGCUUGGAACUGGCCAAUCAAAAGAGAGAGGCAGCAGCUGAAGAGACAAGACUGAAACAACAGUUGUCGGCCAUAGAGAUGCAGUUGGAGGAAGUGAAGAGAGAAGCAGAAGAGUAUCAAAAAGGCAGCCUUCUUCAUAACCUGGAAACAGUUGCUCUCGGCAACCAGGUGUCUGCACUGAAACUGGACAUUGCAAGCAGGCGAGAGCCCAUUGUACUGGAACAGAGUGAGAUGAUGAAACAGCUUCAGGAGGAGAACCUCAGUCUGAGGCAGCAACUACUGUUGCAAUGCCAUGGCAGGGAGGCUGUUGGGGGCGAUGUCAGUCUGCUUCAGUCCAAACUCAAACAGGCUGCCCGCUGGAUCUCUUGUCUCAGCCAGGACAAACGGCAGCUCAUUGAGAUGGGCAACAGACUCAGGGCUCAGCUAGUAGAGGCAGGACUGGACAAUGCAAGGCAUCCUGAAACAGGAUCCAAACCUAACCUUAGCCUCUUGGAGAAAGAACCUCCUAAAUCUGAGCCUGAAACCCAGUCACAGAGUCGCCUGUCCACCUUGGAACAACUUCAGUACAAGCUUACUUCUCAGGAGCUUCAAUACGCACAGAGAGAUCAGAGUAAGAAGAAACCUAUUAUUGUGCGCCCCCACUUCUCUGGCAGUGAGAGUGGAGACAAAGACAGAAGUGUCAACCCGUGGGAUCCACCAUCAAAGCUUAAGCAUUCAGUUAGUAAGGAGAACAUGCCCCCUAUGCUAUCUGAGUUCCCUGCGCAUCUGGCCAGCUCUCCCCAGACCUUGCUGUCAUCCGUGGGCACUGAUGAGUCCCUGCGGGAUGUAUGGCAGAUGGUGGAGCGUGGAUUGAGUCCCACAGUUCUCACUACUAGUGACAAUGAGGACCAAGCUGGUGCUGCAUCAGUCGGAGGUCAACAAGACACACAACUGGGAACACCAGUUGGCAUUCAAGGCUUCAAAUCACUGGUCCAGGAAGGGAAGAAACAAGCCAGGACUACAUCUGAACCUGUUAAAACGAUAAGCCUUGCUCGUAAGAAAGUCAAGAUUCGAAAUUACAACAUUAAAGACUGACCUGCCUCAUACAUCGCCUUUUGAUUGUACUGUUCCAUGAACUGUGAUCCUGACUUUAUGCCAUUGUUCAGAUCUUGUUAAAAUACAAUUUGGGGAAAGCAGGUAUUAUUUGUUUGGUUUGCAUCAUGCCUUCUGUUAAAAGUAAUGUAAAGUAGGGAAGCUAUACCCAGUGAUAUGUGUACAGCUCCCUUUAUCUUGAAAAUGUGACAUCUUAAUAGUGCAGAAAUGUAAAUAGUGAGUGUUAAAAAUAGUGUUAGAUCAGGAUAUGAAUUGUAAGUUUCAGAUAAGAUUUUUUUUUGUACAGAAAUGGGUAGUGAUAUAUAUAAAAUGUAUUAUUAUCUUUAUUAUUUAUUUUGUCAGCUUGAACAUAUUGAGAUUUUUUUUUCCCCGAAAAUAAUAAACUGUUCUUUUUGUACUUCA